CACUCUUCCCCAACAAAAGCCAUGGCUGUGCAGGCGCACAACCUCUCCCACGACCUCCACGUCUACAACAACUUCAGGGGUCUGCCUCUGAUGGAUGAGAUGACGGGCGGAUCCCUGUACCUGGAUGGGCAGGUUGGCCGCGCGCCGGCGGUGUCGGGUAUCGGGAACUCGGUGUUCGGCGACAUCGAUCUUACCUGGAACGACAACGCCUGCGGCCACGGUUUCGUGCAGAGGAAGCGGGCUCGUGUGGUUGCGGCCGCGCCUUCUUUCUUGGAGAACCCGCACGCGCAGGGGCUUGUGCCCGUCGGCGACGUGCUAACCAGGGCGGCGGGCUCCGGCGCGGCGUCCACCAGCGGGAGGAUCACCAAUGCCACCAGCCUGCAGCACGACCUGCUCUCGACGCUCUCCCAUCAGUGCACGGAGAUCGAUGCUCUCGUAAGACUGCAGACUGAGCGGAUGCGCGCGGGGUUGGAGGAGGCGCGGCGCCGGCACGUCAGGGCGCUGCUGUCGGCGGCGGAGCGUGCUGCGGCGGGCCGCCUGCGUGCCGCGGAGGCCGCGCUCGAGCUCGCGCGCUGCCGCAACGCGACCCUGUCGGAGAGGCUCGGACAGGUCAGCGCGGAGGGGCAGGCGUGGAUUGGCGUCGCCAAGAGCCACGAGGCCGUCGUGGCCGGCCUCCGCGCCACCCUUGACCAGCUGCUACAAUCUGCCGCCGCGCAAGGAGCGGCUGGAGAAGGCGCCGACGCCGAGGACGCGCGGUCCUGCUGUUUCGAGACACCUGUGGGCGACGAUAAUGCUGGUGCUGGGGACGACGGCGCGGAGGCAUCCAACAAGUCCAGAGCAGCGUGCAAGGCUUGCGGCGAGAGUGAGUCGUGCGUGCUGCUGCUGCCGUGCCGGCACCUUUGUCUCUGCCCCGCGUGCGACGCCGCCGUGGACACGUGCCCGGUCUGCGCGGCCACCAAGAACGCCUCCCUCCAUGUCCUGCUCUCUUGAUCCAAGCUCGCGCGCCUGUGGCCUUCUCUUCUCUCUAACUGUUUGUCAUAGCUAAAAUCUGUUGACGUCAGCGCGCUUGGUCUUGCUACUUCAUCGCGCCGAAACCCAGCGACAUGCCAAGUAAAAUAGUGUUUAGUUCGCUAAGUUUCUUCGAAUGAAUAGCAGUACUUCUAGAAUUU